AUGAUCCUCCCAAACCCCGCCCAGCUCCCGAUUCCAACGACGACUUGUCUCAGACCGCACCGCCCCAUGCCGCCAUCCCACGAGGCGAUCGCCUCCUUCGUCGUGCAACACCUCCGCGGCGCGCACCUGGCCGGCGACGACGACGCCGGCGUGCCCGGCUCGGUCCUGAUUCAGCUGUGCCUGCACGAGUUCUGCGCCGCAAGCCACGAAUCCCAAGUGGAGGAGUAUGCGGGAGAAGACAGGCAGCGCAUUGUGAGCAGCAUACGCCGCUUGAAUAUGGAGGGCGUGCUGAGGCUGCGUAUUGUGGAUGGGAUCCGGAGGUUCCGGCUGGCGGACGACUACGAGGAGGAGGAGGAUGGGCUGGCGGAUGGUGGGAGUGAGGAGGGUGUUGCUGGUGGAGGAGGGGGAGGAGGAGGGGAGGGGUGUGCGGAUGUGCAGGGACCGUUUGUGCAGUUGGGUGAUCUGGUAGAGAGUGAUCCGGUGGAUGGGAAUGGGGAUGGGGAUUCAGGAGAUUACGGGACAGACGAGUACUACGAUACGACGGCUGAGUUCAGCAGGUGGGAGGAGGGGGAGGAGGAAGAGGGAGGAGAAGAAGAAGAGAAAGGAGAGAGACCAAUUAGGAGAAAGGAUUGGUCGGAUGACACGGAUUUUCAACCUCGUAGCUCCCAAAUGGAAUCAAUUGAGCGAGCUCCUGACACUUCUCCCCGGCCAGGCCACUUAGAAGCCUACAAGACCAUGACCCGGGGCGCCGCUCCUCUGCCCCAAUCGGUCGACCAAGCUGUGGCUCAGACCCCGAGCCGUAAGAGAAGCAGACCGAGAGAGAUUGUUGCGAGUGAUUCGAGUAGUAGUUCUGAUCGCAUAAGCCCACAGAGAUAUGUCAACUCUACACCGAAGCGGUCAACCAAGAGGAUACGUUCUGAUACUCCCGGAACUCCGCUGUCAGAUUCGAGAAGGAAGUCUGCACCUAGCAAGCUCAACUCGCCGCAUAAACCCACGCCCCGUAGACUUCCCUCAUAUCCGAGAGUGGGAUCAGGAUCGCUGGAGCAGAGCUACCAGGAUGGAAGACCGAUCGUGUUCAAAGAGGAGAUGAAGGAUACAUCGCUUCCCUUCGUUCACGAUAUCGUGAUCAACCUCCGCGAGAAACACCCCCGCAGCUCCUUCAUAGCAGACGACAACAAGAUAAGAUGCCUGGAUUGUAACAGAACCUUCAACGCAAUUUCCAAAGGGUUCGAGAAUCACCUCAGGAGCAAGCCUCACCAGCAGCAAGUCGAGAAGAAAGAGGCCAGACAGAAAUGCAAGGAGAGUAUGUCUAAUGGUAAUCUGUAUCCGACCAAGCCCAAAUAUCUCGGCAAAGAUCUCGGCAUGGAAUCUGCGUUCCAACCGCAGGACAUUGCGGUUUUUGCGAAUAGAGUGCCGCAGAGCACCCUAGCCAGCUUGCGGGCUCAGUAUUUUGCAGCAAUGGAAAAUGAGACCCAUACUUACUCGGUGCGGAUGAGUCUGCUCGAGGCACGGCAAGUGACCUCGGACCAGCGGAUCACGGAGAGUAUAGAGCAGCUUCAGAAGCUUGAAGCAGAGGUCAAGGCAUCGAACGAGACGGUUAGGGAGACAUCGUAUGAGAUCAAGAUGAAGGUAGAAGCAUCGGAAGAUCGAAUCUGUGAUAAGUUAAAGGAGGUCAUGGAUCACCUCGACCAGUCCCAAUCCAAGAAUGAUGACCAGCUUCUUGAGAUUGGUUCGCGGGUCGCGAAACUGGAUGAAGAGUGCGAAAGCAAAUUGGGGAAAAUGUCGGAGAGGAUGGCCAGAUCAGAUCAUCGCAAUCUCGAUUAUAUUGAUGAUCUGAAGGCACAAGUCACAAACCUCGGCACAGAGUUCGAUGCAUAUCGAGCGCAGUUGAAUGCCGAAACGACGAAUUUUCAAGGAGUGGACCAAAGACCCAAGCAACUUCAUUCCCAGCUUGAGCUGAGAAUGAAUGAAUCUGGUCAGAUGUUGACAUUAGUCAAAGAAGAACGGGCCGGGACUGAGUCCAAUAUCAGAGAGCUCGAGGAGUCACACCGAGUAUUCAAAGAGCUUCGCGCCCAGAUCGAGUCUAUGAUCUCAGGGUCGGAGGCGCAGAGACUGCAACUAGAAUCCCAGUUCGCGCAGCUGGAAGCGCGCGCUCAAGAAUCCCAGGUGUCCUACUCAGAGAUGAUAUCCAAGGUCGAAGGGCUAGAGCGCAAAGCGGCGGAAUCUGCUGAGUACCGAGCUCAAACUGAAUCCAGGAUGCAAGAGCUUCAACAAGCCAACGCGAGGAGGGAAGACGAGUGCCACGACCUCGAAGCCCAGUCACAGCUGCACACCGAAGAGCUCCAGCGCCAACGAGACAGUAUCACCGAGUUCAAAAAAACCAUCACCGAUCAGGUCGAGGAGAACCUACAGCACGCAGAGCGGUGCCGGCAGUCUGCUGUCAAGGCUGCCCUGGAGCGCGAGCGCACCUUCGAGGAGAAGAUGAUGGGGAAGUUCGCCGCGUUGCAGCAAUCGUGCGAGGCCGAGAGCCAGAAGGCCGAGAAGAAGACGAGGUCUCUGAAGAAGAAGAUCCAGGAGCUCGAGGAGGAUAUCGACCGCAUCACCCAGGGCGUGCCUCUGAUCUUCCACGACAUUCAAGAGGUGAAGGACUACCUCGGGGGUUUCGUCCGCACGAUCAACGCACGAGUGGCCGGGUUGAAGGCUUCGAUCGAGGGAUGUAUAGAGCUGAAGGCUGUCGGGGGUGUGGGUGUGGAUGUGGGUGUUAGUGAGGCGAGGCGGGGUAUUGCUGUUUGA